CGUCCGAUGAUCCCGACGGAGACGUAUAUAAGGAGGGCCUCGUCUCCUCCCCGUCUGCCCGCUGCUUUCCGUUUCGGAUCGUGCGAGAGAGAAGGGAAACCAACGGAAGAAGAAGAGAGGCUAAGAAUAAGAUACGCCAUUGCGCGAAUCUCAGAACUUAAUCCUCUCUUGUAACUCCGAUAUCCAUCCCGAUUCAAGUGAACAUGUCGGAAGUUGAUGGCUCAGAGAGGAUCAACGAGAAGAUCCACGAAUAUCGAGGGUCGUCUUCGGAUUCUGAUGAUGAGAAGCCCUUGUUUCAUAAUUCAAGAAAGAAAUGGUUGUUUGGAAGGAAGGAAUCGGUACAUGCCCUACUUGGUGGAGGAAAAUCUGCUGAUAUCAUACUGUGGAGAAAUAUGCAACUAUCAGGAAGCAUAUUUGCUGGAGUUACUGUUAUCUGGCUUCUCUUUGUCUGGAUGGGCUAUCACUUGCUCACAUUUAUUUGCCACUUUCUUAUACUUUUGCUGGCAAUAUCUUUUCUCUGGAUCAACGGAGCAUCAUUUGUCAACAGGUCUCCACCAAAAUUUCCUGAAGUCUUCCUUCCUGAGGACCUAUUUCUGAGUAUCGCCCAAUCUGUAAGAUAUGAAAUUAAUGAGGCUUUGGCAACUUUCUACUAUGUUGCUUGUGGAAAGGAUUUGAAGAAGUUUUUGAUGGUAAUUGCAGGCUUGUGGGUUCUUUCUGUAAUUGGUAGCUUGUUCAGUUUCUUGACACUCAUCUACAUUAGUUUUUUGGUUCUGUAUCUUGCACCAGUACUCUACGAGAAAUAUGAGGAUCGUGUUGAUAUUGUUGUUGAGAAGGCAAUCGAAGCAAUCAAUAAGCAGUAUCAAGUGCUUGACGCAAAGUAUCUUCAGAAAAUUCCACAUCGUACCUUUUCUAAUAAAAAGCAGCACUGAGAAACUCGUCUCAUAUAUUCCAUUAUUUGUCUUUUGUUGGGCAUCCAAAUUACAACAUGCACAGAGACAUAGAUGGUCAAAAUUUUGAUAAAUGGAUGACCAUUCCACAUAUUGAAUUUUAUACAUCACACUGAUCUUACUUAUUGAUACCAUCUGAAACAGAUGUAGCAGUGCAGACUACUUUUUGUAAGACUAUAUAUCUCAAUAACUAAAUGGAUUCCCUGCC